UUGCAACCUGCUUGCCACGCGAUGGUGCUUCUCCCGUGCUGUGGCGCAGAAUAUCGAGGCCCAGGAAGAGCAGGGCUCAGGAACAGGGCCUCAGGCCUGGUCGGGCAUAAGCCCAAGAUAGUCCCCAAAGGAGUUAGCACUCGGCUGCUCCGUUGCCUCUCUGAAGGUCAAAACACGAGUCUUCCUGGACGCCACAGGGUAAAUGAUAGCCCCCUCCUUGAAACGAUCACCAGUCCACCUCCUGGGCUCCCGACACGCGUAGGGAAGCUUUGCACAUGUCAGGAGAUCAUCGUUCGCCCGGCCUUUAAUUCCUUGCGAUCAGAGAGGAUUCAGCCAGGUCGCCCGCACCUCAGAAGGCUUCAGGCGAGCUUUGUGGGUCUUCACACCCCGCUUUCCUGGGGAAGCCUAGCGCGAUCGGACUGGGCAGGAGGCUGGGGACCACCGCAGCCACCGGGCCGGGCUUGGGUCUGGGCCACUCCACUCUCUGCUCUGGACAGUUCAGAAGGAGCCGCGGGGUUGAUCCUUAACCCGGCGACCUCCCAACCGCCUCCGCCUAUCGGGUUGAGAACUGGGGAGUGAGGAACCCUUGCUGUCCCGACCAGCGUCGCUGCUCUCCCUCAGCUCUCGCCCUCGGAAACUGGGGGAACAAAUGGGCUACGAGGGGUGUAGAACAAAGGUAGUAGAUAUGUCCUUCCCCUCCUAGCCGGAGAUCUGCCUCCUCUUCUUGGGGCAUAUCAAAUGCAAAUAAAUGGGGCCCUAUCCGUGCUACAAACCCAGGAGCUGGGGGCGUGGGGGGGGGAUGGAGAGAAGAAAGUCCAAUGACAUUGAAAGCAAGACACUGGGUUGGCGGGCGCUGGGCGCUGCUCCAGACCUCGCCGAGGCGCAUCUUUCCGGUUCGCUCGAGCCGCGUGGGGCAGAGUCGCGGGACAGAGCCAGGAGCCAGCCCUCGGCGCUCAGAGCGGCCUCCUUGCUCUCGUCUCCAGCGUCCCCCUCGCGGGCCCAGCUGGAGAUGCACGCGCCGGCCGGCCUCUCCAAGUUGCAGGCGGUGGAAGGAGCAGAGGUGGUGCUCCCGGCGUGGUACACCCUGCACGGGGAGGUGUCUUCGGCCCAGCCCAGGGAGGUGCUCGUCGUGAUUUGGUCCCUGAAGCAGGAAGGGAAGGAACCUGUCCAGGUGUUGGCCUACGUCAAUGGGGUCACGUCAAACACAACUGGAGCAUCCUUGGUCUACCCCAUGCCUUCCCGAAAUGUGUCCCUGCGCCUGCAGGGCCUCCGGGAGAAAGACUCUGGCACCUAUAUCUGUUCUGUGAAUGUGCAAGGCAGCCAAGACAUAAGUAAAAGCCAUGGCAUCAAAACUUUAGAACUCAAUGUGCUGGUUCCUCCAGCUCCUCCAUCCUGCCGUCUCCUGGGUGUACCCCGUGUGGGGACCAACGUGACCCUGAAUUGCCAGUCCCCGAGGAGUAAGCCUGCUGCCCAAUACCAGUGGGAGCGGCCGCCCCCAGCCCCCCAGGUUUUCUUUGCACCACUUUUAGAUGCCAUCCGUGGGUCUUUAAGACUCACCAACCUUUCCACUUCCAUGUCUGGAGUCUAUAUCUGCAAGGCUCACAAUAUGGUGGGCAGUGCCCAGUGCAAUGUGACCCUGGAAGUGAGCACAGGACCAAGGGCUGAGGUGGUAGCUGGAGCUGUUGUGGGCAUCCUGAUUGGAUUGGGGCUGCUGGCUGGGCUGGUCCUCUUGUGCCAACGUCGGGGCAAGGCCCUGGAGGAGCUGGCCAAUGAUAUCAAGGAGGAUGCCACUGCUCCCCCAACCCUGCCCUGGCCCAAGGGCUCAGACACAAUCUCCAAGAACGGGACCCUUUCCUCUGUCACCUCAGCACGAGCCCUCCGGCAUCCCCAUCCCAGGCCUGGUGCAUCGACCCCCACACCCAGUCUCUCCAGCCAGGCCUUGUCUUCACCAAGACUGCCCAGGACAGAUGGGGCCCACUCCAAGCCAGUAUCCCCCAACCCUGGUGGGGUUUCUUCCUCUGCCCUGAGCCGCAUGGGUGCCGUGCCUGUGAUGGUGCCUGCCCAGAGUCAGGCUGGGUCUCUGGUGUGAUGGCCCAGCCACUUAUUGACUGUACCAUACUGUCUGGUGUCUCUCCUUCCCAUAGGGGUCACCUCUAGCCCAGAGGCUCGAGUCUUGGGAGGGUAGCCAUGCUCCGGGCCUCCAACACUUUGUCCCCUACCUUGCUUUACUGUGAGAAAGCAGAGUCUCAGUAAAACCCAAAUAUCUAGGAGGUAGAAGAAGAAAUAGACCUGGGAUUAGGAGGCACCUCUACUGAUCCCCCACUCCUCCCUAUGAAGCCAGCUGAAUGCUGAUGGGCUGCCCAUCCAGGGCCCAGACAGAGACUUCAGCCACUGAAUCCCCCAGGCCUCCUUGAUCUGCACCCCGCCCCUAUCUAACACCAUCCUUUGCUCCCACUCUGGCUGCCUGCAUUGAUAGAACCUGUCCUGCUGGCUUGGUUAGGUUUUGUUGGGGUAGGGAAUAAAUAGGGAAGAGAUUUUUUGAACUAACUUGAAAUGUAUGUUUUUGUUUUUAUUUUGCCAAUUUCAAUAAAGAUACACUGUGUUUGUAUGGAA